UUGGAAACACGUAUGGGUUAAAAAUGACAUCGCUUUGAGAGCUGAGUGUCGCAUGAUUUCCGGACGCAGUUUUCGGAGGAAAGAUCUGCAGACAUCAUGUGGCUACAGUCAUGGUUGGGACUGUUUGCGGUUUGUUUGGUACAAGCUUCGCAGCCUGUCUUCAAAAACGGCAAAAAGCUUGACCCUGAAGUCAAAAUGAAUAUCAGUGAGAUCAUCAGACACUGGGGAUAUCCGGCAGAAGAGUUCGAAGUGGCCACUGAAGACGGCUACAUCCUGAGUGUCAACAGGAUCCCACAUGGCAUCCAGAGAAAAUUCCAGCAAGCACCCAAGCCUGUGGUGUUCCUUCAGCAUGGGCUCCUGGCCGCAGGAAGUAACUGGGUGACCAAUCUCCCCAACACCAGCCUUGGCUUUUUGCUUGCUGAUGCCGGAUUUGACGUGUGGCUUGGAAACAGCCGUGGGAAUACCUGGUCAAGAAAACAUGUCCACUUCAGGCCUGACCAGAAGGAGUACUGGCAGUUUAGCCAUGAUGAAAUGGCUAAGAAGGACCUUCCAGCAGUAAUAAACUUCAUCACAAAAACCACCGGACAGGAGCAGAUUUUCUACGUUGGCCAUUCUCAGGGAACCACCAUUGCCUUUAUGGCUUUUUCCACAAUGCCAGAGCUGGCUAGCAAAAUCAAGAUGUUUUUUGCACUGGCGCCUGUAGCUACAGUAGCCUUCACAAAAAGUCCCAUGGGCAAACUGAGUAUCAUGCCAGAGUUUGUCAUCUGGACAUUAUUUGGGAAGAGAGACUUUCUACCACAGAAUGCUCUUAUCAAGUUUUUUGCCACCGAAUUCUGCAGCAAGAAACCAAUCAGUGUGUUGUGUGGAAACAUAUUUUUCCUCUUGUGUGGUUUCGAUGAAAUAAACCUGAACAUGACCCGAACACCUGUGUACACGACACACUGUCCAGCUGGAACCUCUGUCCAGAACAUGGUGCACUGGGCUCAGGCUAUAAAGAGUAAGAAACUGAUGGCAUAUGACUACGGAAAGGCUGGAAAUAUUGCGCAUUAUAACCAGUCAACCCCUCCUCUGUACUACGUGAGGGACAUGAAGGUGCCCACAGCAGUGUGGUCCGGGGGACAUGACACGCUAGCGGACCCAAAUGACGUAGCUUUGCUGCUAACACAGAUCCCUAACCUGGUGUUCCAUCGGAACAUCAAGCACUGGGAGCACCUGGACUUCAUCUGGGGCCUGGAUGCCCCACAGGAGAUGUACGAGCCGAUGAUCAAGAUGAUGAGGCAGAAUGUCUGAUUGCCUUUCAGCCCUUAGCAAUAGGACAGAUUUUUUUUUUUUGGGGGGGGGGGCUUUUUAUGAGCAGUUUUAGUUUUUAACUAUACAACAACAAGCACUAUGCAUUCCUGAAGGAUUCCUUAGGAUAAAGUUAUAGCGAAGACUAGCUAGCAUUUUACUUGUUUUAAAAUCUCAUUUUUGUCUUACCUCAUCUAACACAUGACUUGAUUGGUAAAUAUGCUGUUAACAUAAGCUGCUUUUUAUAUAAAUGAAUCUCAGGGCUUAUUGAGCCAUGUGUUCCUAAGACACUACUUUACCCAGCGUGUUCGACAGGAUGCACUGUUGGAUUUUAGCCUGUAAUUAUAGAGCAUUUUUUUAAAUGUGAAAUUAUAUUUUACAUUUUCUAAAAGCACUGACCAAAGCAUUCUUUUAAAUCAUGAUUAUAAAACGUACUUUAUAAAUUGUGGACUCGAACCCAAUAAACAUUCAUGAUCAAAUAUAAAUAA